AUGAACGUAGUCAGGGAAUUGUUUUAUUUUUGGUCAUCCGUUAAUGGAAAACCGUUAUGGAUCGUUGUUCAAGAAAGUCUAAUUACCAAAUUCUUUUAUGGAGAUGACUUAUAA